AUGGAGCGGUUGCCGACGAGGUUGGAACUUACCAAAAGGAACAUUCAGGUUGCUGAUAUUAGCUGCCCGUUGUGUGCCUCAGGGGAUGAAACGGCUGCCCAUUUGUUCACGGCGUGCUGUUUUGCGGCAGAAGUUUGGGCCAAGGUGAGUCGAUGGUGCAAGGUUCCCUACCUUGUUGCGUUCUCCUUCAAAGAUAUUAUUCAAGCUCAUCUUCACUGCGGGUUAAAGGGAAAGGAGCAGCUCAUGUAUCAGGGUAUUGUUAUUAUUACGUGCUGGUUGAUUUGGAAGGCGAGAAAUGAGUUGGUUUUCAGUGGGAAGCCGCCGAAAGCCGAGGAUGUUUUCUGCUCGAUCAAGUCUGUGAGUUACCUUUGGUUUAAAUAUAGAUCGAAAUGUAUAGAUAUAUCGUGGGAUAGGUGGUGUAAUUUUGCUUAG